AUGCUUACGAAGGCCAACUUUUUAUGGGUCGUGAGGUUUCCUCCCGGAGAAGAUAAAACCGUCGGCAUAGAAGAAAAGUUGCCGGUAGGGUUUCUACAAGAAACUAAAGGUAGAGGAAUGAUCGUUCAUCGGUGGGCCCCACAGGUCAAGAUAUUAAGCCACCCGAGCGUGGGGGCUUUCGUGAGUCACUGUGGGGCGAGCGGAGCAAUGGAGAGCAUGUACUUUGGUGUCCCGGUUAUAGCGAUGCCGAUGAAAUUCGAGCAACCGUUAAACACCCGGCUCUUGGUGGAGGUAGGUGUUGCGGUCGAGGUUGAGAAGGCUGAAAAUAGAAGUUAUUAUUACUCGGGAGAAGAGCUUGCGAUGGCGAUAAAUAAAGUAAUCUUGGUGGAGAAGGAAUUUGGAGGGGCUAUGAGGGAUAGAGCUAAAGAGUUGAGCGUGAAAAUAAAAGGAAGAGCGCCAUCGGAGAUGAAUGAAGUAGAGCAAGAACUAGUCAAAAUUUGUCUCAUGAACAAAAAAAACAAGUGUGAUGUAAUUUUGUGA